AUGCAUCAGACACAGUCGGAACUGGAGUCUCUAAGAAGUACUUAUCCGCGUUAUGGCCAAUGUGGUGAUGAAGUAAUCAUAUCAUCAGAAGAAAAGGUCUUGGUAGAAAAUCAUCCUAAUGAAUUCAACCUUCAACGACAACCACCCCCCCAGAAGAACACAACGAAGCUCAAUUGUGAACAUCCUCCCCACAGUCUGGGUGAGGUAUCAGACAGGAGUGAUUUUAGCGAGACCGAUGGAAGCGAUAGUUGCUCUGAUGAUGAUAGUGACUCUGAUAAUGACAGUUGCUCGAUGCAAGAUGUUGCACACUGGGGAUAUUCAAGUGAUCCUGAGGAGCACAGCUCAACUCUUCUCGAGAGUGACAUGAAACACCCUUUAGAAACAAAGUACUGUUAUACUCAUCAAUCUCCAUCGACGCAAUCUUACAACAAAUCGAAGGAAAAUGAAAAAUUACACCAUGGAUGCCAUUUGGAGAUCCCUGAUUCAGCACGCUUGCGUGAAGUACGUCCCCGUGGUUAUGGCGCAAAUUCACCAAAAUGCGGUUCAAAAUCAAAGACCGGAGAUUCUGCUCAAUUGUCCGAUGAAGAGACAAUUCCAACUAUAGCUGAUAACACAAUCUCCGCUUUUAAACUACGUCGUAAUAAACCAAGUACUACCAGCGCAGAUCAUUAUAAUCGAUACCUAAAUGAGUGGAAAACCAAAUGGGACCCCCUAGACGAGCAAUCAAAGCAGGCUUACCUCGAAAGACACUUCAAGAGUUGGAAAUGUUUCUACUGUCAAGUGACUGAUCAUACCGGCGGAUGCAUCUCACAGAUUUCAAACAAAAUGUGCAUUACCACAGCACGUCGUGGAAUCCCUUGCCAGAUUGUUCAAUACAAUCAGAAAACGAAGCUAUACAAUUGGUAUAGGCUCCCUGGAGCGAGGGUAAGGUUCAGGCUUAAAUCUUUAGCCGAAUCUUAUAGUUUCGUCUGCGGCAACGAUGACCCAACCAUUGAGCAGCAAUUCCUCCAGAAGGCCUACCAAACCAGAUCCAGAUGUAUUUGCUGCAUCCUUUCAUCUAAAGGGAGAAAAAAAGGAGAUCGUUGUAAUUUGCAACGAAAGAUCAGAUUAGAUCAAGGGAAAGGAAAAUCAGAUGAAGGCAGGGGACUUUUCAAAGCGUGUAAAGUAUGCCAAAGAACUGGAAAGCCUGGUGAUUGCAUGGUAUCAAUUGCGAUGACUCGCGACAAAAAUGGGAAACCUCUUACUUAUGGCCUCGGUAUGGUGUCCUGGAAAGUUGAAAGGAUGAUCAACGUGACUGGGCCGAGAUUUCGGGAUGAUCGUAUCCAAGAAAUUAUACCGCUCCGAGCACCUACGUCCUUCGAAAAAUGUGACGCUAUUGUAGCUCACAUAUCUGAUAAUACCGAUCCAUCUGACACUACCUGUCCAUGGAAAAGUGAAGAUGACGGGAAAAACUGUGCAAAGUUCAAGCAAGAUCUGAACAUGACAGGGAGCAGCAGCACAGUAAAUACUUUCCCAAGAAUACUACCCCCCGCCAGGCCCCUAAAGAAGCUAUCUCGACCUGCGGUUUAUACACAACGAGGGGGAGGGGAUGAGGUCUCCUCAGACAGAUUUUCAUACCGGGAGCGGGAUAGGAACCUUCGUCCGUUCCAUACAAUUUCUGGGACAACCUAUAAGGGGGAGACUUCUCACAGAGGGCCGUUGGCUAGUGCCAGCGUAAUUUUCAAGAAGCCGGAAGAAACACCUCCAGGAACUGUAAAAUGGAAGCGUAAACUCUCUCCUGACACCAAAGUUGAUGGCGACAGCAACCCAUUCAAGACGCGACCAGCUGCAUCAUAUAUUGAUAAGGUCACACAAUACCAUCAGCAACAGUCUGAGGCGCUUAAAAGUUCGAAACCAAACUCUUUUCCAAAGCCAGAAAUCCGAUCCAAGUACAAGUACUAG